UUAUUCUCAUUGUGAUUUUCUCAGUUGAAUCGAAAACAUCCAACGAUUUCAAACAAUCCGAAAAUAAUAAUAUUCGAAAAUAAACCGUUUUAGAUCGUUUUGAGGCUUUGAUGUCGAUCCAAAACUUGAACACCCGCGACCCCUUUGCGGAUGCCCAGAAGGGCAACGACGACGAUAUCCAGGACGGACUGAUCCACAUCCGCAUACAGCAGCGCAAUGGCCGCAAGACCUUGACCACUGUCCAGGGCCUGUCGCAGGAGUACGACCUGAAGAAGAUUGUGCGCGCCUGCAAGAAGGAGUUCGCCUGCAAUGGCACCGUCGUCGAGCACCAGGAGUACGGGGAGGUGCUGCAGCUGCAGGGCGAUCAGCGGGAGAACAUCUGCCAGUGGCUGACAAAGGUCGGACUGGCCAAGGCCGAUCAACUGAAGGUCCAUGGGUUCUAAGGGCAGGGCAGGGCAGGGCAGGGCAUGGCGAGGCAAGG